AUGGCUCAAAAAAAUUGUAAAUUCCAAACAGAUACGGCUAUCAGUAAAUAUAAUCGUAAAAACCAUAAACGCGAUGAAGUUCUGGACGUGUGGGUAUCGUUGUCUAGAAAUGAUGAUGAUAUGAGGCGAUUUGAGAUUAUAGAUUCUGGAAGUAAUAAUGAUAAUGGUUGGGAUGUAAAUGAUAUGUUUAAACGAAAUGAAAUAAAAUAUGGUGUCAAAUCAACAUUUGAUGAAUCAUUAAAAGAUUAUACGACUGAAAUAAACAGAGAUGCAUCAGAUUUCAAGGAACUAGAAGUAAAAGCUGCUCAUUUGGCAAAGGAAAUUCAGAGGAACGCGAUUUCCCAAAAAAGAGCCGAAUUGGAAAAUUGCGACGAAGAGGAAAUUUUUACUGCUGAUUUACGAAAAAACGACAGUCGAAAUAAUGAAUUACAAAGUCCGGAAUCUCAACAGUAUUAUAGUAAUCAUCGUUAUUCUCAAAAAAUUCAAAAUAAUCGAUUCAAAUAUUCAAAAACUCCUAUGAACGAAUGGCAGAAAUUUGUUUGUAGUUUAGAAACCAAAAAUGUUCAUCGAAACCAUGGACGAUAUAUUCAAAAUUACGAUAUUUUAAACGCAUCUACACCACCCCAAUACCAAGGCGAAAAUAAUAAUGGCCAUUCAGUUGUUAAUCAUAUACCUCCUGCCAUCGUGAUUGAUAACAAUAAUAAAUGUAAUCAUCUUAGUAAUCAUCGUUAUUCUCAAAAAAUUCAAAAUAAUCGAUACAAAUAUUCAAAAACUCCUAUGAACGAAUGGCAGAAAUUUGUUGCUGGUUUAGAAACCAAAAAUGUUCAUCAAGUUGUACACGAUCUGAAUGAAAAAGUUGGUAUUUCUAGAUGUAUAACAAACACUGAACAACUUGAUAUCGUGAUGUCUUGUCCAGAGGUUGGAUCUCAGAUAAUAGUUUCCUCUGAUAAAUGUGAUCCAAAAAGUGAAAUACCACCGGUUCCUAUUAGUGAUGAUGACAAAAAUGAUCUCGAAAAAAUCAGUACGGGUGUUACUGAUAUACAAAUUCAAGAACACAAAGAUGAAUCUCUAUUAUUCUUAAAUUAUGACUUACAAAGUAAUGAAAAUGAAAAUAUUGUCGUAGACAAAAUUCAAGAAAACGAUGUAGAACAAUCCAUUAUUGAUUGUCAUAAUGGUGACUUAAUAAUCCAAAACAAUCCUACUAAUCAGUCGAGUUUGGAUAUUUUUUCUCCAACAUUAAAUGAACCACCAUACGGAAAAUCAAUUACCACCUACAACAUCAUCAUACAACGUCGUCAUGCCAGCUUUGAUACUAACCCCAGUAUACCAUCAACAGGCGGUUCCAUUUGCAAUAAUGCAACCUAG